UUUGGGAGGCCAAGCAACAGCUGUCCCGUGCAUCCGUGCGACAACCGCUCGUUCGGUAGUCGUUACGCUCCCUUCGCUUGGGCUUCCACUAGCCCGCUCAAGCAAAGCGAGGCCUUUUUCAUUUUUAGAAUUAUUUUUCGUUUCGUUCACGUUUUAUUCAAGUUUUCAUUUUGUUUCGGAGGUUUUAUAUUCGUUUUAUUAAUUUAUAUUAGUGCAUUAAGAGUAAGAGUAAGAGAUUUUAAGAUUGCGUAAUUGCGGAGAAAGUGAAAAUGUCGUUUUCACGUGCUAAGAUUACGCGCUUCAAUGAAGCAGUUUCGGUUACACCGUCGCCGGCUGAUUACAACGUGAAACUGGAGCAAAACGCCAAGGGGGCGGUUAUUUCUCGUAGUGAUCGCUUUGUAGAUGGCAAGAGUCCGCAUUCUGAUUGUGGAAGUUCAGUUAAUUCUGUUCACACCGUUCACAGCACGCCGUGUUUCCGCACUCCUACAUUACCAAAAAAGAAGAAAACCAUCUUUACACUCUCGGGGCGCAAGACCAAACCAACCGACCUUUUCUCCAAAAAUAAGAAAAAAUCAAGCGAUGUUGUUGAAGACGAAGAGCUGGAUCUGGAAGCGCUCAAAGACAAAAUUGUCGAAUGUCACAACAAAGAUAUUUUCAUCAAAGAUCUCACGGAACAAAUCGAAGAGAUGAAAGAAGAACUGAAUGAUCUUGAGCGACAAAAGGAAAAAUUAACUCGUGAGCGGUGCAAGUUUUCGGAAACAUGUGAUGAAUUGCGCGAAGAACACAGGAUUAUGAUGCAAAAAGCGUUUUUGGAAUAUGAUACUGAAACCAAUGAUUUAAAGCUAAGGAUUCGUCAACUGGAAGCUGAACUUCUGCAUGAACAAGAAACUCUUAAACAAAUCCGUGCCGAUGAUGAACACUCCAAAGAAAUCACACAAAACCUGAUUGACAGUUACAAAAAUUCAUUGGAUGAACAAAAUAGAAAUCACCAGCAGACCAUCGAAGAGAAAGAACGAAUCAUUAUUGAUUUACAAAAGAGUCUAUCAGUUUUACAAGAUAAAUUAGACACAAUUCAAAAGGAUCAUGACACUAAAAUUUUGAGUAUGCAGAAAAAACAUAAAGAUGAAAUCAUGGAUUUGGAGUUUACAAUGUUAAAGACUGUAACAGAGACACAGAAUAUGCUCGCCAAAGAAAAAGCAACGUUUGAAAAGAAAUUGACUACUCUUACCCAAGAGCACAAGCAGGAUAAAGCAAAAUUAUUGGAAGAAACACAUGCCAAAAUUAAACAAAUUGAAGAAGAUGCCAAAGAGGCAAAUGUUUUAGCUGAGAUUCAAAUGCAGGAGCGAUGCAAGGAUAUUGAAGCUACAUGGCAGAUGACAUACGAAAAACAAAGAGAUGACUCGGCGGCCAUCUUGAAAGAAUGUCAAGCAAUUGGCGAAUACAGCAUCCAGCAGUGCGAAUGGGAAAAGAACGCAAUUAAGGCGGACCUGGCUGCUAAAAUCGAAGAAUUGAAGCAGUUCGAAAGGGACAAUGCUGAUUUGCAUAUUGCUCUGCAGGAAGCUGAUAUGAAAUAUCACGACUUGCUUGAGCGGAUUGAUUCGAUCAAAACGUCCAAAUCACAUGAACUCGAAAAAUCUAGAACUGAAUUGGCUGAGAUGCAACAGCAGAAAAAACUGUAUGAGAUCUCAAUCACAAAAGCACAUGAGACUAUAGAUACACUAAAGAAACGUCUCUUAGAUUCUGAUCAUGAUGUUGAACAGUUGAAAUCAGAACUGGAGUCCUGCGAAUUGUCUAAAUUAGAAUUUGAAGCCCGCUGUAAUCAGCUCAGAGACGAGUUGGAACUUGUCGCUAAACAUAGUGAAGCAGCUGAGGAGGAGUAUCAUGAUACCUUGAAGAAAACAGAUGACAAAAUCGCUGAAUUGGAAAUCAAUCUAAUUCGCAAAGUAGAAGAAUACAAAGCAGAAGCAUUAACACAAAUUGACGAACUUAUGGAGCACUUACAUCAGAAAGAGUGCGAUUUGCAGGAAGUCUUUGAGCAGUUACAUCAUGAGCACAACAUUAACAAAGAGGCACACAGUUUGAUUGAAAAAGCACAGACGGAGAUUGACGCAAUUACAACGAGGAAUGAACAGUUACAGAUUGAACUUAGCAAUGUUAAAGAAGGUUUUAUCACUGUGCAGGAACAAUUGGAAGAUGCUGAACUUAAAGUUUCUGGCUUGGAGGUGGAUAAUGAUGAUCUUCGUAUGAAGUUGGAUGAAAUGGAAGCAGUUAAUCGAGCGUUAGAAGCAUACGAAAACAAGAGCGAUGAGAUUGAUAGCUUAUUGAAACAACUGCAGCAAAUGCAGGAAAAGAGUGAUUCGUACUCGCAGUACUGCGAUUAUUACAAGCACAAGGCAACAUUGUGUGAAAAGGAAAUUGAAGAGUUGGAAGGUAUUAACAAGAAGUACAUCGAGCAGAGUGGGAAGUAUGAUGCUUUGCUACAACAGUUUGAAGCUAUGCAGACGUAUUGUGCUGAGUUAGAGAAAAAGACUGCUGAACAAGAUGCUCUUAUUGGACCAUUCCGAUCCCAAUUGGAAGCAUACGAAGUGGAACGAAAUGCACUUGUAUCUCAGAAAGCUGCUGCUGAGGAUGAAGCUAAGCAAAUGGGUUUCAAAUACGCGCAACUUCUGGGGCAUCAAAAUCAGAGGCAAAAAAUUAAGCACUUGAUGGACCUGAAAGCUAAAAAUUACGAUUUAAUCGAGGAGAAGAAAGACUUGGAAUGUAAACUGAAAUCACAUGCAAAGACGAUCGAGAAGCUGAAUAAGCAGUUGUCAGCAGUCCUCCACUCUCCACGCAAAUCGAAAAUUCAUUCCACCGACAAAGAAAACGUGGCGUCCCCCAACCGGACGUUGAACAAUAGCCGGGUGGAAAGCCCUGGGCCGUUGCGGGAAAGAAAUUGAAGCAUCUAGAUAAAUUGCAAAAGAAAUCUAAAAUGCAUGUUUUAGUUAUUUUAUUUUACAAAAACGUUUGAACAUUUUGGUAUUUAUAAUUUGAGUUUUUGACUGAUUUAACUAAUAUUUUUAUGUUUCGCAGUAUGUAGCGCCUUGCGUUUUGUGUCCAUUAUGUUUCAUUACUGACUAUUUUAAAUAAUUUUAUUUAAGAUUACUGUUUAUUUAUGUUCUACGCGUAGCAUUAGUGCUGUGACGAAAUAAGAGGAAAGAAAAUGUAGGACUAGAAAUUGUCAUUGAUUCCAACCGGUGAAAAUAGUUUGUCAUGUUGCUUUACGAUUAGCGGAGAAUUUUAAAGAAUUUAAAGCAAUGGCACAUGCAGCCACGCUUAGCACAUGUAAUUUUAUUUUAUUAAUAUUAUUUGCAAAUGUAUAUCUUAUAAUUUUAUAAUAAAACUUUUCUAUGACGUCAAA